CUGUGAAAAGCGAUUAAUGACUUGUACCUACAUAAACGUGUUCUAUGUGAACAAAUUUUCAGUAUAGUUCGAACAGUUCUUAACGCAAGCAUACAAAGAAAUUAAUUAUCGCCAAGUGAUAAUGCAGCUCACGAUAUACAUUGUUGUGGGUUUAAUGGUCGCCACGGCCAAUGCUCGCUUUGUGUGGAAAGAUGAUGACGAUGUUCCAAACCAUCAUUCGAGGUUCAAUGGAAGAAAUUUUCCAGCUUUUCCAUCAUUUCCGCAUUUCAAUUUCCCAAAAUUUCCCAAUUUCCCUGAAAUAAAGUUUCCAAAGCCGCAAAUAGGUUCUAACGGUGUUGCCGUAAUAGCCCAAAGUUCUUCAUCAGUUGGUAAAGACGGAAAGACGCACAAUACCGGCGAGAUUGUUACUAGCAAUGAUGGUGUUGUGAAGAAAAUAACAUAUGACAAUGGCGAGCCUAAUGUUGUUGUGUCGGUGGUAAGCGAUUAAUUUCAUCAGUUUCUACAGUAAAAUUAUUUAUUUAAGGAAACAGAAAUAUAAUUUGUUACAACUUUGAAUUGAAGUACAGAUUCCAAAAUGGCAACCCAUUUUUGACAUUCCAUUCAUGAUGACGAGCUCUGAAACCUCGACGCUACCUGGGAGCAAUCAACACGUCGUUUCUUCUUCGUCUUCUUCCUACAGUUCAUCUUCUACCAAUGAUGGGGUUACGAAGAUAGCAGGAGUCGCCAGCAUUCUAAACAACGUCGAUGGUAAAGUCCAAGCGACUACCAUCCAACUCAGCGAUAAUCAGGUUUAAUAGAAAUCGCUGUUAAAUAAAAAGAACCUACCUAUUCCAAUUACAGUAAAAGCUCCUUAUUCACGCUUUCUUCAUUCGCGGAUUAAAAAAUUGCGUCCCAAUUAAUUUUCGUGGCUAAAUAUUUCGUUAUUCGCGGAUCUGUCUGACGAAACUGACGUAAAAUCUGCAAAUUUAAACUUUAACUUGCAAAUACCUAUUGCCGUAAUUGCGAAUGGAUGGCUUAAGAAUCACACUGCUUAAAAUCACUCUGAAUAGAUGCUUUUAAAAGAUGUCCAGCAAGAAAAAUUUCAAAAUUCUUCAAACCAUUGUCUAAGACUGAAAUAAUAGUUAUUCAAUAACUUCAAUUAAUUGUUUUUUCUUUAUAUAUCUGUUAUUUAUUUUCUCACCCAAGAACGUAUCACUUAUAAUCCCAUAUAAAUAGUAGAUUGUUAACCGAGGGUGGAAUGAAUCAAAAGAAUUGAUUCUUUUAACCGUGUUAAACACUACUUUUCAUUUCGAAUAUGAGGAAAUUUCAUUUCGAUUACGAGGAAAUUAAGUCGACUUUUCAAAUUUUAUUUAAAGAACUCAACGCGUUAUUGUUGCGGCUUAUUUCGAUUAAGAAGUUUGCGAUAAGUUUACACUGUCUGUUUGGAAACAUAAAACUUUUCCUCAAGAACUUCAUUGACGUCUGAACAGGCUGUAUGGUCAACGAUCUUUGCCUGUCCCCGAAUUUAGUUGGGGACAAAUUGAAAAAAAAAACAUAAAAGUCUUCACAGCUGAUGACAGCAGUUCUAAUUUUAAAGUUCAUUCCGGAUCUUAGGUGGGAAGUAAUUUGUAUGAGUUAUUCCCUCUCUAUGGAGGGAAGCAGCAUUUUCCACCCAAUACUCUAGUAUGAGAAAUGAAAAUACCAUUCCAUAUUCACGGUUUCUGUAUUCGCGACACAUUUAGAGAACGUAUCCCCCGCGAAUGAUGAGCUUUUACUGUAUUUGAACCAAAUCCUUUCAUUUGACGUAUCAUUCAGUUAGUUGCACGUUUUUCUACACAUUAAAAGAAUAUAAAAUCUAAGCUCAGCUGUUUUAUCCAAACAAUAUUAUUUAUGUAACGAAUUCUCGUACAAAAUAUCCCAACUGAGGUUUUCGAUUUUUUAUAUAUAAUUUUUUGGGUUUUAUAAUUUAUCAAAAUCAGACCUGUUAAGCCGUUACUAGUUUUAGCGACAAACGAACAAAAUAUUUUUGUUUUUUAUAUAAUAUGAGAAGAAUAAAAUGGAAUUUACAGAAUUUAUGUUGUAUAAAUUGUUUUUUUAUUAGGACUAUGUAGUAAUAAAAUUGAUUUGAUUCAAUAUGUUAAUCGAAAUCAAAAACAUAUUUUGUAUGGGAAAUAUUGAACUAUUUUUCACGUAUCAUGGUUUGUUUAAUUACAUUACAUUUUUGUGUUGUUUCUUUAUUAAAUUUCUGAUUUUUAACAAAA